UGUACCGUGGCCACCUCUUCCUGGGUUCGAAUCCCCCACAGCCUGACCCACAACCAGUGUACGUGGAAGUUUCCUCAACCCUCAAUGGCUGGGGACUGAAGGUGAAUGGCUGCCCCUACCAUCCCCAAGACCAACACCCCUGUAGCCUUCUCCAACGUGAGGUCUCUCUCCAGCGUGAGGUCACCCCGCAGCGCGAGGUCACCCCCCAGCGUGAGGUUACCCCCCAGAAUCCUAGGACUUCACCACCAACUCAGGCUGAAUCAGUGAGGAACACAAACAAGGGUAUCACCCUCUCAGUACUCAACCAACGGGAUGCUUCUCUCGUCUUCAGGAAGGUGUUCCCGCUAGAUCAGUAUUGGGCUCACUGGAUCGACCUGGAGUGGCACUUGGCGCAGGUGUCGCCUGGCAGCAUCGUGGUCAUGGCGGUAUCAGGCUCUGGUGUCGUGGGUUUGCGUGGUGCCGCCCUUCACCUUGCCCAACUGGGGUCACUGCUCGUCCUCCACCUCCCACCCAGGGCACUCUGGACGUGGGUGUUUGUUAAGGGUGGUCGUACUAUUUCUGAGACGGCUGUUCUUCAAGGGGAAGCAACGCAACAAGCACAUCUUCUACUGCCUCUCUCACUCCUGCCUACACCUGAAAGCAACAGCCAAUUGGAGCUCCAGCGAUGGCAAUACUGUGCAUCCCAAGGCGUUAUGGGUGGCCUUUGUGAUGAGGUUACCCCUGACCCACUGCCCAUGCCGUCCCCUCGUGCUGUGGCCCGUCAGGAGGCCCUGGCUGGAGUGCCCGUGAUUAUGACGGCAGGUAGUCGCAACCAGUAUCUCUAUUACUCCCUCACUGCCCUCCUGGCUGCCCCCGGAGCUCAACACCGCAACAUUCUGGUCGUGCUGGGCGACGCUCCACAACGCACCACACAGCUGCUACGUCUAAUGAAUGUCACCUUCACUACACUACCCGUGCAUGGCCACGCCAACAACAAACUCUUCCACUACUACCGCAGCGUCUUCCGCCUCGUCGCCCACAAAUUCCCCGACGCACCGGCAGUAAUUCUCCUCGACGAGGACGUUCAAGUCUCCCCCGAUUUUUUUUCAUUCAUGAGCCAGACGCUGUGGCUAUUGAAGACUGACCCAACACUCUACUGUGUCAACGCCCAUGCGCCCGUAGGCUUGAAAGGCCUGGCCUAUGAUGACACUCGAAUAAUGCGUGGAGCGAUACAAGUGGAGUGGGGCUAUGCCGUUACCUUGGACUUUGUGAGGGAAGCUCUUACUGAGUGGGAGACGAUUACCAAUCCCAACACUCUCUUCUACGACUUUUGGUUAUACUUAAAUAUCCGUAAGGGCCGUGAGUGCCUGUUCCCGGAAGUGAGUCGCACACUACACUUCGGCUUCGGUGUUAACACUGACGCCCACCUCAAAGAGAAGUUCUUCCUGACGAAGCCGCUAGUUAAGAGAGUUCCCGUCGAGUUGCGCGAUGUAGGGAAGCUCCAGUUGUCGUCUUGGCAGCGAGAACUCAGCCUAAACAUAAGCAUGGCCUCACCACUUAGAGGCAACCCUUGUCGCGCCACAUUCCUCCCCUCGCCUCCGUUCACGUCUCUGUACGUCUUUUACUAUAGACUGGACAUCAUGGAGAAAGGAUAUGGCCAACCAGACCCUUACCAAUUCUACAUCUUGGCUGAGUGUUUGAAAACGUGGUCUAUGUCUGAGCAAGGUCACCACCAGGGAGUACACAUAGUCCGUUUCUCCAGCAAUGCUACACUGUAUUUGGUGGGCGUCCCUUACUCCCAGUAUUCCCAUCUACGUCCCAAAAACCUUCCACUCUGGGACGUGGACGCUGUCGACGACCACGAGUUGGAGCAGAUGACGGAGUACGUGAACACUCUACGAGGUGAAUUAAAAAUCUCAAACGAAAAUGUAACUUUAGAUAUGGUGGUGAAGACGUUGUCGAUCACUCAGUAAGAUUGUUCCCUCACUUGUUUUGUUUGUUUUUCUUGCAUAUCAUAUCCACAUUGCAUUUCUUGGUGCUCAUACAGUGUCACUUGUUCUGGCCAUGAAUAAUUGGUUAUACACCUGGGAAAACUUUAAUGAGACCUUGGGGCGCAGAAUUCUAAGAGUACAGUAUAUAAUCACCUCACUUGGAACUCUAGUGAAGGUUGGUAACUGCACUUCGGCUCCAUUCUUGAUUCUGUUGCUCGAAGAUAUUAUGUCUUGAUAUUUAAUACACUAGGAGCAACAAGUAAUACAUGUUUGUAUUAUUUCAGAGUGUUCAUGCUCAAAGUAAACACUUAGUGUCCUUAUCAAUUUAUUAUAAAAAUAGAUCAGUCUGCUGGGUUUAUGUGAGGUGUGGUGGCUGUCUCGGAGGUGAGUUAAAUGCUUACUCUAUAGGUUUUACUGAGGCUUGAAGUUAAAGGUGAUACAAAUGUCACCUACCAACGUGACAAGAAAUUCAGUUUUAAAGCUGUGAAUUCCUGUGUAGAACAUAACAGGAUAUGACGUGUUGGUAAAUCCAGGUAGUGUGUUCUAUAUAAACACAAUGUGUAAAAAGCCCGAAUUUAUACAAGUAUUUCUGUCUAUACAGUAUGUAGACAAAGGAUAUUACACCCUUGGAUAUUAUAGUGAGGUUCAUCUUGACAUGAAUGCAAGAGAUCACUUUGUAAAUCAGGGCUGUGAUGAUCACUAUAGGCACCGGGCAUAGUAAGUGGGGUAGAGGGUGAGUUACGCUUACAGGAUUUUCACUUCAAUGUGCUACUUUAGUCCGGGCAACAACAUAUUUAGGUUAGGUUAGGUUAGACUAAAGCAAUCUAGAGGGAGUGAGCACAACCUUAUGGUACAGUUCACGCCACUUAUAAGACACAGACUGGUGGCCUCGAAAUUCGUAAACAGCAACUUUGCUGAGUCCAUCCCUACCCCACCUCCCAGAACAUACAGACCAGGCAAUUAAUCAGUGGUCAGCUAAGGUGUAAAGUCAACAAUUACCCCUAAACACGUUAGUAUAGAUAGCUUUUAGAAACAGAAAGAAAAUACCUUUUGAAAGUUAUUUAUCCAUGCAAACAUGUUCACUGACCACCUACAUUUUGAUAGCAUUAUAUCAGUAUGGUAAGCAAAUUUUCAUUAGUGUAAACUACCAUGCUUACCUUACUGAUAUGAUGCUAUCAAAAUGUAGGUGACACUUUAAACGAUCUCUUACAUAACUGGCGAAGGGUAUGAUGGUGGAGGCGGGUGUCACGAGUGUUGGCUGUCAUUUUUCAAGAUGGCGGCUAUUUUUCAAGACACCAUCUUCAAAAAUAGCCGCCAUAUUAAAAAAUAAAUAAAAGAAAAAUAACUGCUAAAGUAUUAAUUGUAUUGAAAAAUACAUGUAUAGUUCUCUAUUAGCUUCUUAUCUUUGUUAUUAAUAUGAUUUUGGAGGAUAUUGGGCGCCGAUGCAAUAAAGUUGACGUCAUGAGUCAUCCUCAUAGGUCAUUUCUAACAGACCCGUCCCAGUUAAAAGCUUCCAUACUGUGGAUUGACUUCAUUAUAUACAAGUGUCUUCCUUACAUCAAAGGCUUCAAUAAGUCUCUGCAAAGUAGAAGUCAUGAAGUUGGUUGAGUAUUUCGCCAGAUGUGUGUUAAUUACGUCGUGCCUUCAGGAUUUCCGGAAAGAAGCAGAAGACUACCACAAAGUCUGUUCUCGGGCUGUGGGGGAGACUGGAGAGGCAGACUGUUCCCACUGAGCCAACAGAAGAGUAUUAUAGGCAUUCGCUAAGAGUUCCAUUUCCUGACCACAAGAUACAUGUAAGGGACCUUGAGACUUGUGUAGAAGUUACUGCUAGUGACGCCACGAACUACGAGUGGCAUAGCUCUCACAGUUAAAAAAAUUAUACCCUAACUUUUGGGGUAAAAUUUUUCUAAAAGAACCUCCUGAAUGACCUAAUUGAUUUAUUUAAUGGCAGUUAUUUGAUGUUACAUAUAUUUUGUAGUUAUGUAUAUAAUAUGAUGAGACAACAAUAAGAAUAACAAUAUUUAACAAUUUAAUAGUUGGCUGUGAAACAAAACUACAAUUACAGGAACUUAGGAGUUGGCAAGCAGCUGAAGUGGGUAUGAUCACGUCUCUUGGUCUUUAAAGUGUAAGUGUGAAUGACCUUUGGCUCUGAGCGAUAGAGUCAUAAUGCUUCAUUCAUUAUGCUAGAGGGAGCUUGUUGGUGUCUACAGUAUGUGGUGAUACUUGUUGUCAACACGGUAAUAGUUCAUAUUUGUGUAUUUCAUUUUAUGUCAGUUGUACUUUAAUGAGAUAGCUUUAAAGAGUUUGCCAAGUGUUAUGUUAUGUGUAUAUUUGAAAUAAAACGAUAUUUAAA